GAACGAAAGAAACGGUAAACACCACCCGAGUAAAUGCUGAACCCCAGCACCCGCCAGUUGAAAUAAUAACGGAGGUAUCUACUGGAGUUACUGCGGCGCACGACAUCGGGUCCAUGAGUUAACGAAGUUCACUGCCAAUUACGUUUCAUCUUGUGAGAAUUAGAGACUGACUGUAUUGAACAACGGGAAGUUCGGCAUGAACACGAGUUAUAACAGAACUACAUGUAACGCUAAAGAGUACGGACAGACCAUGGAGCCUAAUAUUAUAUCUCAUGGUUUUCCAGUCGGCUUCGUAUCGUGUUACAAUUGUACAUUGAGGAUUAAGAAAGAAGAUGGCUUUUGAAAACUGUCAAAAGAUGUCAUUCCAAGAAAAUCUAGAAGCUAUCAAGGAACGAAUGAAAGAAAAACGAAAUCAGAAUCUGGCUAAAAUCAACAGAUCUAAACAUGCCCUGAGUUCAAAAGUUACUUCCAAAGUACUGAAUAAGAGCUCUUUCACUAAAAGUAUCCAAGCAAACAAUCAGAGCCUAGCUUUGUCUCUACAAGCAGAAAAGAAGAAACUGAGAGUUGCAUCUGAUAUCAUUUUGGCAUUGAAAAAAGAACGACAAGCAAUGAUGUUCUACAUUCUUAUGCUAAAAAAACAGCUUGAAGAUCAAGUUGAGAAUUUGAGAUUCAUCCCCGAUUCUGUCAGAGAAAAUCUAAGCAUCUUUGAACAGGAUUUGGUGCAUAGUUUACCAAAUUGUUCGUCGCCCAUUGAACCUGUCAUUCACGAUGUUGCAAAGGAUAUUUCAUUGGAAAACUCCGGAGCUGAUUGCAACACACCUGCAGUGAACUUAACUGUAGUAUCCAGUCUAGAGGACAAACAACCUACUUCAGUAAAGAUAUCGAGUGGGAGAAGAUCUGCAUAUCAUCUAAGGCCAGUCUCUGAUAGCAAUGCAGUAACUUCAUUUGAUGAUGAAUAUAUUGAAAGACUCGAGUUGCCAAAGGGGGUUUCAAGGAGAAGGCGAACUGGGAGGAAAAAGCCCUGUGGCCUUGGACACUUGGACACUUUUCACAUUUCUGAAAAUGACUCCGAAAUAUCUUGGGCAAAUGAAGAAGAAAAGUUUGCCAGGCUUCGACCCAGAAAAGAAAAACAAAAUUACCUGGAUUGCAGUGAUACUUAUAAUUUUGACAAUGAAGAGUGCAUUCAUCUUACACCUUUUCGCAGGAAAGAUGAAUCUAUUGCAGUUGGGAAUGUGGACAAUACCAAAACCUGUUCAGAAGAUGAGUUGGAUGAAAGCCUUUAUAGACCCCCUGCUGAUAAAAGACGUAGAAAAUCAAAUUAUAAUGAAGUUAAAAAUGAAGGGACAGCAGCUUUAACCACCAGCCUCAGAUCAAGCAGAGCAAGUGUAACUCUCCAAAAAAGGGUGCACAAAGAUCGUGAAAUGAAAGAAGAGCAGAUCAAUGUUAUACCCAAUGAAUAUGAAGGUUGUAAAAAGACUGAAAAGGAUGUGCAGUUGCAUAUUGAGUCGGGCGGUACACCAAGAAACAUUUCUGUCAAACCCCAAGGCAUGAAGCGUUUUCUAAAUUCUGAAGGAAGCCGUAUUGUUGAAUGUCUCAAACCUGCACUGAAGAAAUGCUUAUUACUGGAACAAGAAGGGGAGAAAAUUCAAGAUGGUGGGAUGGUGAAAGGCUUUGGAAAUCGUUUCAGCUUGAGCGAUGUCACCAAUUGUUCAUCACUACCCGCUGUAAACAUGAAAAAGAAUGUGGUAGAACAAACAAAUACGGUUUCACCCAAAGCUGCUCAUAAACGGCGAUGCACCAUCCUUGUAAAUUACAAGGAACCCAGUCUCCAUUUGAAAUUGCGAAGAGGAGACAAAUACACUGACACCCAAUUUUUGAAUUCGCCAAUAUUUAAACAGAAAAAGACUGAUGGAUCAAAACGCAAAUCUGGGAAAAAACGAUCUUUAAGUAGAUACGACGAAGUUUUUGUCGGCAGCUGAUAAUUUCCACUAAAUAUGAACUAUGAGAUAAUGCUUAGAUUUCUAAUAUUAGUUUUUGUUGAUGUUGGUUUUUUAUUUGUCCUAUUAAAAAUUAAUAGCUUCCAAUGUAUCUUAGAUGCUCUAGAAUUUUUUUUUAAAGUACAUCUUCACACCAUUUGACAAUUGGUCAUUUAUGUGAUGCCUAAUUUCUUUAUCAAACUGCUUAGACCAUGCAGUUAAAUCAGUAUCGUGUACAGGUGCUCCUCAACUUACGAUGAGGUUACGUCCGAUAAACCCGUUGUAAAUUGAAAAUAUUGUAAGUCGAAAAUGCAUUUAAUACACCUAACCUACCAAACA